CAGCACCGAGCGGCUGCUGUCGGCGCGGCAGAAGGCGGCAGAGCUCGCGGCGGUCGAUGUGCUUGUCACAGCCGCCGGUGAGUGGGAGGCGGUGCGCGGCCGCAUCGCAGGCCUCGUCAGCGACGUGGAGGAGCUCGAAGGCCGCAUCGCGCAGUACUCGCGCCACAUUCUCUCCAAGAAGCCGCAGCUGCAGCGCAUCGAGCACGAGAACAACACCCUGCAGCGCAAGCAGCGCAACCUGCAGAAGCUGCACGAGCAGCUCGACGGUUUGUGUAGCCAACUGAGUCUCCCGCCGCAGACCGUUCCGCUGCUCCUGCGUCUUCGCAGCACACGCGACGACGAGCUCGUCAACUUCUUCGCGGAGGGAAACAACGCGCAGGUGCUGUCGGAUGCAAUGAAGCAGAUGCACGCACUACUGCACAACGCGAAGCUUGUGGAGGACUACCCCAUCGCCGCCGUCGCUGAGCGCCGCGCCUUCUUCACGGAGCAGCGCCGCAUGAUCGCUCACCGCUCCAAGGCGUACAUCCUCGCCGUGAUCAGCAGGCACGAGGCGGCGUACCUCGCAGAUCGCACACGCUACAGCGGCAAGGGACGACUUGUGUGGCGCCAACACGUCGAGCUUAACGCGCAGCUGAAGAACAUACGCGACAUGAUAACUGCGCUGUCGCACAUCGACCUGGAGGGCUUUACCGCCGUGCUGCGCCGCUACCGCACCAGCAUGCAGCGCGUCUACGCGUUGGAGGUGCACAAGUUCUUCAAGUACCUGCGCAUGCAGGUGAAGAAAGUGGGUACCCGCGGCCCGUUCCUCUUAGGGGUGCGCGACUCCCCGGAUGACGCACUCGCCCGCCGCAUGGAGACAACAGCGGCGGGCGAAUCCCCGCGGCGUCUGUGGGGCGG